GUCUGCCGCUCAUCGUCAAACUCGAAUGGAUCGCCUCCAAUCAACACGCACAGCGCGACUACCAGUGCCAGCUAUCCAAUCAGCAGAGCCGUCAAUCGACGACGCGCAUUUGCUUACCUCGAUCAUCGCGAGCACGAAUUCAUGCCCAAGACAUAGGCGUGAUCCACAGAUGUACACAAAUGUCGGGGCGCGCUAGCAGCCCUAGAUCUCCUUCACAUGCAGCGGGAACUAUCCUCGAUCUAGUGCUCUGGCUGUAACCUCCUCACGUCGGAGCCUCCUCAGCGCACGGGACGCGUUCGUGAAAUGGAUAGAGAUGGCGUCGAUCUGGCUGGCACAGACGAAGAUGGUAUCGUCGCACGGAUACGAAGCGCCGCUCCCAUAGAAGAUGGAGAGUGGCAUGACGGCGUCUUCGAAAGCCCAUCGAGCACUGUGAAUGUGAGGGGCGGAGUUGCACGAGCAGCAGAAGCGGAAGCGGGGUACGACGGCGGGCCACAGCAUGUCCGACGACCUUGGAAUGCAAUCGCAGCAUCAAUUGGAAGACUGCGUCGAGGUACCCGAGCGCGUGUGCUAGCUGUUCCCGUGUCGAAUCGGUGCCUCAUCAAGUGUACGAACCGCUCACGUAGCUUGCGCUGGACGCCAGGCUGCUCGCGAAACUCGUCUAUCUCGCUGAAGCACUACUGCAUAUCUCGUGAAUUUGACGCCAGGGCAGUGGGAGGUUUGGAUGGGAGGUGUUGCUGGAAUACUCGAUCAGUGGGGGGUUGGAAGUCUCGUGGAUGGAUCGGAGUUGUGUGGGCUCAACGGACGCUGUCGCAUAUCUGGCACGUUUCAUGGCUUUAUCUACUGACAGCGUGAGGUUAUCAUCGUUCUACAAGUUGUAUCUACUACAGGAAUCAGAAACGGACUUACGAGGUUAUAGUUUCCUUCAGAUAGUCGCAGAGAGGACUGGAUUUGUUGCUCCUUGACUCAACCAUGCAAUAUACACCAGGCCCGUUUAUCGUCGCUUGCAUCAGUCCAAGUCGGAAACCGCACGCACCAAUUCAGAAUACUCCGACUCU